AUGUUCUUAAAUCCACGCUAUAUUUGUCUUACUUUACUCCUUCACUGGACACCUACUUUGCUAGGGCAGCGGGAUGCGUUUGGGGGGCGUAAUGGCGAACAAUUUAUCAACAGCAUUUCCAACUGGAUCAAUCCCGCGCCACGGCCUGUUGAGGAUCCUGCCAAGGUAAAGGACUGGGGGCGGGCUUCAGAUCUACUCAGUCAGGUCGGGGCGGCGAAGACCGAAAUCGACGAGCUACAGAAAUCUUUGGCCGGGUUGGCAGAUGCUCAUGGCCAAGGGCUCUCGAAUUCGAAAAUAUCUGACAUAUUGUCACGGUCAAAUGCAGCAAUCACAGGGGCAAGAAGCGCGGCAUCCAAAGCAGACAAUGCGACUAGUGAAAUAGCUGGUCUCGAUGAAGUCACAUACGAUCUCCGCUCAACAUUUUCAAGCGCCAAGAAUACGAGAACUGAAAUCAUGAAUACGUCGACCAGUGUCAUUCUUGACGGAUACUUGAUUCCUAUCCGCGUUUUGGCGGACUUGAUUAAAGAAGCCAGGGCUAAAGUGGAGAAAAAGCCCGGCGACAAAAACACCCAAGAGCUGCUCAGAACCGCGGAAGAAAGAUUGAAAAUGGUUGACUCGCUCGUAAGCGAGCUCAUCGAGGAAUGUGAUCUUGCAGAUGAGACGGCCAAAACAAGGAACAAAGACAACGUUCCCAGUUUCCCGAAGAGCGACGCGGAACAGGCGCUAAAGGAGGAGAAGGAAAUUGCCAAAGCAGACUUUGAGGAGGCUCAAAUGGCAGCCCCGAAAAAGAUGGGAGGCUAUCGACACGGCCAAGACGGGUUCGGCAAAGGGGGAGAGGAAGAAAAGAUUCUUCUAAUCUUUAUGCGCUUCUCUCGCUUUGUUCUCCACCCCUCCUUGCGGCCUGCUUCGCCGUCCCUUGGGUUGCAAGUCGUGGAACGGACGAGAAACCUAUGGAAUACAGCCAAGUUCGCCGAGCAGGCCAUUCAAUGGCUCAAGCAAUCCUCAGACGAACUCGACGGGCAAAAGAAGGCCAAGGCCAUUAAAAGGUUUAAUCGAAUUGCCGAAAACGCAUAUUUCUAUCUCGACAUUGUUUUCCCGGGCGGCCCUUCCGCACAGCCCAAACAAAAGCAAAUCUAUGAGAAACUUGAGGACGGACGACUUUGUUAUGGCAAACUGCCCUUGAACCGUCGUCUUCAAGCAUAUGGAGUUCCCGAGAAAGAACGCCAGAAACUUGGACUCCCUACCCGCAACACUGACAAAAUCCCGGACGAAGAUCGUGAAUGUUAUCAGCCUCAACAACUUUCCGACCUUGCACUCCGUUAUGCAUUCUCCGAGGAAGUCCGCCGCACACUUGGAAUCUCCGAAACGACGCCUACCUCGGUUGGGCCAACAGAAACUUCCUCGACGACGGUCCCGAACCCCAGGUCGCCGGAGAAGCCCCUCACUGUCUACAGAGGCGACUCCCGCUCGCCGGAAGAGAUCCAAGCACUUGGUGGAAUCCCCCCCCGAUUCGCAGGAGAAACUACGAAUCAAUCUUACAGCCUGAAGGCGCACCACGAAGCGGCGGACAAGAACAUUGCCACCAGAUACACCUCGACCACGAGGUCGUUUGGCGUGGCAACGGUCUACGCUACUGGGCUCUAUCACGGUGGGACGAAUAAAGAUGGAUGGGUAUACCGUAUCCAUCCUACGCCAAACAUGAUCGAUUUAAAUGCAUCUAACUUUACAGCAGUAAGCUGUGUUCCCUACCGAGUGAUCGCAGAGGUGAUAAACGCUUUGCGUCGAGUGUAG